CAACUCAGUACUCACAAGUCAACCAACAAAUUAUCACCAUCAUACUAAAAUAUUUAUUAUUUUUCAAAAAAAAAAAAAAAAGUUUACCAAUUUUUUUUAAACCCCAAAAAAAUUAAAUAAAAAAUAAAGUAAAAGGAUUAAAUUUGUGCUAUAAAAGUGAAGUGAUUGUUAAAAUAAUAAUUUAUUUAUUUAAAUAGUUUAAUUAUAAUAAUAUUUUAUUUAAAAAAAAAAAAAAGGAUUUAAACAUUCAAAAAAAUGAGUAACCACGUGAUUGAAACAACGAGGGAUUUUACAGAAUUUAUAAAAGCUGAUAUGAUGUCUGGUUCAGAUCGUGAUGCAGGUUUUUGCAGUGGUGGUGAUGAGGAUGACAUGUCAGGUCUUAAUUCUCCAAGUGCAUCUGAAAAUUCAGUUGAAGUACAAAUAUCACCAAUAUCAUUACGAAAUAAACGUAAACUUGCUGAGCCACGUAAAAUUCAAGAACAAUCAACAGCACCAUUAAAAAAACGUCGUUAUGAUCGUAUGAUAAUACAAGACAAUUCAUCUGAUUUAACAUUUGAAGAUACAAAAACAUCAAUAACAAGACCACCAUCACCAUCACCAUUUCGUCCAUGGAGUAGUCCAUCAAAAUCCGAAGAGUUAAAUAAUGAAAAAACAAGUGAAAAUUCAUUGAAUGAUAAUUAUCAACGUCAAGAAAAAAUAUGGCAACAAGAAGAAGAAUGUCGUCGUCAAGAAGCUGAAGAAAGAAAACAUGAAAAAAUAAUUCAACAAGAGGUAUUAGCUCGUCUUCAAGAAUUUGAAAUGCGUAGACCAACAUCACCAGAUUAUUCACAAACAUCAAGAUCAUCUGAUUCACAAAAAAGUCAACCUAGAUCAAGAUCAUAUAAACCACCACAAGUACCAACAAUUAAUCCAACAUUAACAAAUCAAGAUGAACCAUUGGCACUUGUUCUGAGAGGUGAAACACCACGUGUUCCUGAACAUCCAGAUGUAUCUGGUAAUUUUAAUCAAACAGAUUUUAAUGUAGAACAAAAUUCAACAUCAUUUGAACAUCAAAGACAUCAAAAUGGACAAAGAAAUUAUAAAAAUAUGACAAGAGAAAGAAGAAUUGAGGCUAAUGCCAGAGAAAGAACACGUGUACAUACAAUUUCAGCAGCUUUUGAUACACUUAGACGUUCAAUUCCUGCAUAUUCACAUAAUCAAAAAUUAUCAAAAUUGUCAGUAUUGAGGAUAGCUUGUAGUUAUAUCAUGACACUGAGCAAAAUAGCUACAACACCUGAGGGACAAGAUACAAAUGGUGAUGAACUUAGUGCUUGUGUUGAUCUUGUUUCAAGAACCAUUCAAACUGAAGGAAAAUUAAGAAAAAAAAAAGACGAUUAAAUAUAAAUUCAUGCUCAAUUAAUUUCAUUGAAUAAGCUAUUUUUUUUUUUUUUUUAUCUUUUUAAAUAUAAAUUAAUAAAUUUAUUAAAUCACUCUGACAAUACUGUGUUUAAAAUUUAAAAUUUAAAAUUUUUUAAAUUCAUGUAAAAAUGUAAUUUUUUAUGGCUCAAAUUAAUAUUUUUUUUUGAAAUUAUUCUAACAGCUAUUUUGCUGACUGAUUGACAAGUACAAAGUUUUUUUUUUUUAAUUUUUUUUUUUCAAUGAUUAAUUGCUUAUUAUUUUUUUAAUUUAAGAGUGAAAAUUUUGUAAAUAAAGAAUGUGUGUUUUGACCGUCAGUGACGGAUUUAGAUGUAAAAAAAAAGAUGAUGUUCUUCAGUGAUUAGCUAUUAAUAAUCGAUAAUAAAUAUUAUAAAUAUUAUUAGAAAAAAAAAAUAUAUAGAUUAUAUUGAGAACAAAGCUGUGUGCCAAGUGCACGUAUGUACCUUUUUACAAAUAAGAAUAAUUUGCCAAGUGGUUUUUAUUAUUUUUUUUCUUUGAAAGUUAUUCAAUAAAAAAUCUUGAUCCUUCAAAUUGAAAUGAGCUUGUUUAUUUUUUUUGGUAUCCUUUUUUUUUUUCUAGGUAAAAAUCAUUUCCUGUGUUAAACGACGAGGGGGUUCUUGAUGAUAAAAAAAGUUAUCGUUUAAGAUAGCAGAUGUAUCGUUUACUUAAAUACCCAGAGAGAAAAAAAAAA